CACGGGCACAAUUAUUCUCUGUGUCACAAGAAACUAUCAACUCUGAAUGUAAACUUUUACACAAAGAUUGUUCCAGAAAGAUAGGAAUAAAGACUGAAUACAUCAUUCAUCUGUAAACAACUUUGCUAUUUCUAUUUAGAACUUUGUGUAGAAUCUUUGCGUAUGCAUUGAAGCAAAGCAUCGAAGAUGAGCUCAAGUCAGCAGCGAGUUCCUGGCUCGGGCACCGUGACCCUGCCAGCAUUACCUCAGCCACAGUCUAAAUCCAGUGUCAGUGAUAUGAACAGUAUCUAUUCUGCAGUCAUUAAGGUGUUUCGAGGUGAAGGACUGCAAAAGAAUGAACUCUACUCCUUAAAUGAGCGCAUCAGGUGGCUUUUAAAAACAGAAAUGGGGUCAUUCAUUGAAGAGUAUUUCCAGAAUCAGCUUCUAAUUAAAGGUUUUAGGUCUAUUUUGGAAGAGGUUCAACUACAUGAAGGAAAAGAUCAGCUAUUUUUCUUAGCAGAUGUAUGGAUUAAAUUUUUCUCAGAAAUCCUGCCCACACUCCAAGCUAUUUUUUAUCCACUACAGGGUCAUGAGUUCACAGUUAGGCAGAUGGCCCUGCUAGCCUUCAGGGAUCUUGUCCUGAUGAGGCUUCCACUGGAAGAGCUACUCCCAACCAACCUUUCUCUGCUCCCUACAUCCAUCAGACAGAUGCUGCUAAUCUUACAGGGAGUCCAUGAGUCUAGAGGCCCCUCAAUGGAAUACUUUCGCCUUGAGAAAAUGCUGGAAAUGGUGGUUUCUCCCUAUCUGUGGAACUGCAAACAAAAAAGGUACGAUGAAAAAAUCAAAGAACAUGCACACCUCAUCCAACCUGAGAUAAAAAUCACACAGUUUAUUUCAGAGGUCUCUCUUCUGACUCCUUUACUGGAGCUGGAGGGAGAGGGUCAUGUGGAGAAAGGAAGCAGUCUCCGACGUCGUUCUUUAUCUGAUGACAGAUCUGGAAUCACUGACAUGGAGCUUCUCACUGUUACUAAUAUGAUGCAGUCUGGGUUAGAAAAGUCAUGUUUGACGAUUAAUGAAGUGAGGGAAGAGAAUAAGAGGGAUUGCUCUCGAGUCAGUCACACAUUUGAAAGCAAAAGUUUUUGAGAUAC